ACGCAGUAGCAUUUGCAAUCCAUCGAAAACAUCUCUGCCGCCGCCGCCGCCGCCCGCCGUCGCCGCCGCUCCUGCGCCAUGCUCCGCCUCCGAGAGUGCGUCGUUUCCCGUCUCCUAUCUUCUUCCCCCACCUCCAGCUCUGCCAUUUUCCCACUCUGCCGUCUCCUCUCCGCCGCCGCGCCCCACAUUUCCCCAAAUCCCAGUGGCUUCGCCGUGGAAGAGUACCUCGUCGCCACCUGCGGUCUCACCCGGCCACAAGCCCUCAAGGCCUCCCCGAAGCUCUCCCACCUCAACUCCCCCGCCAACCCCGACGCCGUCCUCGCCUUCCUCUCCGGCCUCGGCCUCUCCGGCGCCGACGUCGUCGCCAAAGAUCCGCUCUUCCUCUGCGCCAGCGUGGGGAGAACCCUGGCCCCUAAGGUUGCCGAGCUCACUGGCCUAGGUCUCUCGCGUCCUGAGAUCGCCCGCCUCGUCUCCCUCACCCCCGACCGCUUCCGCCGUAGAGCCAUAGUCUCCAAGCUGCAGUACUACCUGCCCCUCUUCGGCUCCUCCCACAACUUCCUCCGGCUGCUCAAGCGCUCGUCCCACCUUCUGUCGUCGGACCUCGAUAAGUUGGUCAAGCCCAAUGUUGCCUUCCUCAGGGAGUGCGGGCUAGGUGAUUGUGAUAUUGCCAAGCUGUGUAUCCGGGAGCCGAGGAUGCUCAUCACCAACCCGGAGCGCGUCCGGGCGAUGGUGGCAUGUGCCGAAAGAUUAGGUGUGCCCCGUGGCUCUGGGAUGCUCAGGCAAGCGCUGCAGGCUGUCGCGUUUCUCAGCGAGGAGAAGGUUGCCGCCAAAUUGGACUAUUUGAAGAAUACUUUCAGGUGGUCUGAUGCCGAAGUGCGCAUUGCUGUGCGCAGGUAUCCGGGUGUGCUGAAGAAUACAAAGGGACCUCUGAAGCGCAGGUCCGAGUUCCUGUUCUCUAAGGUGGGGCUGGAACCCAUGUACAUUGCUCAUCGGUCGGAAAUACUUUCAUAUAGCAUGGAGGGCCGACUCAGACCCCGCUACUAUGUUAUCAAGUUUCUCAAGCAAAAUGGACUGCUAGAUCGUGACUUGAGCUUAUAUUCUGCGGUCAAGAUGUCUGACAAGGUAUUUGUGGAGAAGCUCAUAUGCCCUCACAAGGAAGCCGCACCACACCUCGCUGAAGAUUAUGCAGCAGCUUGCAAAGGGGAAGUGCCAACUAAUUUCAGAUUUACGUGAAC